AUGGGGGACUUCGGGGCCGAAGUCAAGGCUCAGCCCGAGGUCAAGGGGACCACGUUGGAGGGGAAAAAGACUAAACUUCACGGAAGGGCCUUUUACGAGAGUAUCGGGAGUCCAAAGUAUAUUGUUGCGCCUAUGGUGGAUCAGUCCGAAUUUGCCUGGAGGAUGCUCACUCGGUCCUUCCACCCGAAAGAGGAGCAGUCGAAACUACUGGCUUACACGCCCAUGUUUCACGCGCGGCUCUUUGCGGAGGAGGAAAAGUAUCGACGGAGCCAUCUGCAGGCCACGCGGGCCGCGGCCGGGACGACGACCGAAGAGAAGAAGAAGACGGAGAAGAAGGAGAAGGGAGACGAGAGCGAGAAGGGAGACGAGGGAGGCGAGGAGCGCGAAGGAGAACAGCUCUGGCUAGAUGGCAACCCGGCCAUGGACCGACCACUAUUCGUCCAAUUCUGCGCCAACUCACCGGACCACCUCCUCGCGGCGGCGCGGCGCGCGGCCCCGUACUGCGACGCCGUGGAUCUGAACCUGGGGUGCCCGCAGGGGAUAGCGCGCAAGGGUCACUACGGCUCGUUCCUGCAGGAGGAUCAGGACCUGAUCUGCCGGCUGAUCGGCCGGCUGCACGCGGAGCUGGACGUGCCGGUGACGGCCAAGAUACGCGUGCUGGACACGCCCGAGGCGACGCUGGCGUAUGCCCGGCGGGUCCUGGGUGCGGGCGCGUCGAUCCUGACGGUGCACGGGCGGCAGCGCGAGCAAAAGGGCCACCUGACGGGGUUGGCGGACUGGCAGGUCAUCCGGCACCUGCGCGACAACCUGCCGCCCGACACCGUCCUCUUCGCCAACGGCAACGUCCUGCAGCACGGCGACGUGCAGCGGUGCCUCGACGCCACGGGGGCCGACGCCGUCAUGAGCGCCGAGGGGAACCUGAGCGACCCGGCCAUCUUUGCCGCCGAGCCCGCACCCGGUGACCACCCGCGAGAGUACUGGCGCGCGGUCGGCAGCGCCGACGCUGACGGCAACGAGAGCAAGAGCAAGCCCGUCUUGUCCGGCUGGAGGGUCGACGCCGUCAUGAGGCGCUACCUGGACAUAUUGCACAGAUACGUCGACGACGAGGAGCCACCCACCCGCAGACCACUAUUCGUACCCGGCGAUGAUGAGACAUGGCUGCUCGAACCUCCACAACAACAACAGCAGCAACAACAACAACAACAACAACAACAACAACAACAACAACAACCACAGCAGCAACAACCACAAGGACAACAAGAACAAGCAAGCGAAGAGCGUCCCAGCAAGAGGCGCAAAACCAGCGACCAGCAGCAGAAGAAAUCCACCAAGAAACGCGGCAGCGACGCAACCUCCAACCCCAACAUGUCAGCCGUGCAGGCCCACCUCUUCCACCUCCUUCGGCACCUGGUAUCGCGCCACACCGACGUGCGCGACAUGCUGGCCCGCAGUUCCCGCGACGGCCUGCCGGGGUACGAGCGCGUCCUGUCGGCCGUGGAGGCCAAGGUAGCCCAGGGCCUGAUUGACUACGACAGGACGCGCGGCCGGAGCUGGGACGACGAGGUGGCGGGGCUGUACGCCCGGCCGGACGCUCCGGAGCACGAGAGCUCCGUCGCCGCCCUCAAGAGGUGCGCGAGGCCCUGGUGGGUCGUGCAACCCAUCAUACGGCCCAUGCCGGCCGAGGCCCUGGCCAAGGGUGCCGUCAAGCUGAGCAAGAAGGAUGCCGAGAAGCUGAAGCAGAGGAGGGAUGGGAAGGAGUAG